AUGUCAUACGCCGAAGCCGCCGCAUCCUCUGGCCCCGCCAAUAUCGAGAAGAUCCCGGAGCCCGCAAAGCUCGAAAGAACAUCGGAGCCACAAGGCUCCGUUGAGACUUUGGACGCCGAGGAGUUCGAGAAGCAGCGCCAUGAAGCCGCCCGCGAAGUCGAGCGCGUGGCCGCCGACGCCGCCAAGGCCAGCAAAAAACAGGCCAAGCAAAUCAAGAAAGAGUUCGACGAGAUCGAGAAGAACUCCGCGCCAUACUUGUCGCAGAUGGUGGGUUACGUGAAGGAGAAAUACGCUGCGCUCAGCUCUGCGCUCAGCUCCAGAGCCAAUGCCGACUGUGCGUCCAGCGCUGCCGCCGAGCUCCAAAACCCGGUGGUGUUGUCGCAACUUGCGUUGAUCGCGGGUGGAGCGACUGCUGGCUGGUACUUGUACGCCGAGCGUGCGCACAUCCGGUCGGAGAACAAGUAUGUGUUGGCCAUCCAUGCUGCCAUUGCCACGGGCUUGGUAUUGGGCGAUGUCUACGUGUUCCAGAAUUUGUACCCAAAGUACAAGAAGGCCUGA